AUGUUGCCCUUGUCGGUCACGCCGACUUUGGCGCCCGACGAAGCCGACGACACCGCGAUUUGUGCGCGCAAAUCGCUCGCGGGAACCUCGCGGCGCGAAUAUCGACCCGAAACAUCGCCUCCCGCGGCUCAUGACCGCCGGGGUCGCCUCCGCUGCGAUGGACCGGGAACGGGGUGGGGAUCCUGCGGCGGUCGGUCGUCUUCGUCGCGAUUCCAUUCGCGCUGGACGCGCGCGUCGCUCGUCGUCCUGGCGCUCCUGGCGUUGAUCGUCGCGCCGGGGACGCGCUUCGCGGCCGCGACAGGCCCGGAGUCCGAUCUCGCGCCCGUCAGGGGCCUUCGAAGACUGGCGCAAACCACGAGUGGAGGCGGUGUCGAGUUCCGGCAACGCGCCAAGCUGACCGCGGACGACGGCGAUUCGGGUGACCUAUUCGGCGGCAGCGUCUCGAUCGACGGCGACACGAUGGUGAUCGGGGCGUAUAAGGACGACGAUAAGGGAUUAAACAGCGGGUCCGCGUACGUGUUCACGCGCGACACAACCGGCGGCAUCACCUCCGGCUGGACGCAGGUUGCCAAGCUGACCGCGGACGACGGCGCUGCGGGUGACUACUUCGGCCGGAGCGUGUCGAUCGACGGCGACACGGUGGUGAUCGGAGCUUAUUUUGACGACGACGAUGGAUCCAACAGCGGAUCGGCGUACGUGUUCACGCGCGUCACGGCCGGCGAUCUCGCCUCCGGCUGGACGCAGGUUGCCAAGCUGACCGCGGACGACGGCGCGGCGACCGACAACUUCGGCUGGAGCGUGUCGAUCGACGGCGACACGGUGGUGAUCGGGGCUUAUUAUGACGACGACAAGGGAGGCAACAGCGGGUCCGUGUACGUGUUCACGCGCGUCACGGCCGGCAACCUCGCCUCCGGCUGGACGCAGUUUACCAAGCUGACCGCGGCCGACGGCGCUGCGGGUGACUACUUCGGCCGGAGCGUGUCGAUCGACGGCGACACGGUGGUGAUCGGGGCGUAUGGGGACGACGACGAUGGAUCCAACAGCGGAUCGGCGUACGUGUUCACGCGCAACACGGCCGGCGAUCUCGCCUCCGGCUGGACGCAGGUUGCCAAGCUGACCGCGGCCGACGGCGCUGCGGGUGACCAAUUCGGCGGGAGCGUGGCGAUCAACAGCGACACGAUGGUGAUCGGGGCGCGGUAUGACGACGACAAGGCAUCCGACAGCGGGUCUGCGUACGUGUUCACGCGCAACACACCCGGCGACAUCACCUCUGACUGGACGCAGGUUGCCAAGCUGACCGCGGCCGACGGCGCUGCGGGUGACAACUUCGGCCAUAGCGUGUCGAUCGACGGCGACACGGUGGUGAUCGGGGCGUAUACGGACGACGACGAUGGAUCCAACAGCGGGUCCGCGUACGUGUUCACGCGCAACACACCCGGCGACAUCACCUCUGACUGGACGCAGGUUGCCAAGCUGACCGCGGCCGACGGCGCUGCGGGUGACCAAUUCGGCGGGAGCGUGGCGAUCAACAGCGACACGAUGGUGAUCGGGGCGUGGAGGAAAAAAAGCGGGUCCGCGUACGUGUUCUCCAAAUACGUUCCUCCUUGCGACGCGUCAUCACCCCCAGCCAACGGCACCGUCGGCGACUGCACCUCAGAGCUCGCGAGCGGGUCCACGUGCCAGCCCACGUGCGACAAUGGGUAUCUGGUGUCCGGGCCCAGCGUGUGCGAGAACAGCGUCCUGUCGCCCGCGAUCUGCAUCCCUUUUUGCAACGCGUCCACGCCCCCAGCCAACGGCGCCGUGGGCAACUGCACGGACCAGCUGUUGAGCGGCACCGCGUGUCAGCCCGCGUGCGACCCGGGGUAUUUCGUGUCCGGGCCCAGCGUCUGCGAUGACGGCGUCCUCACGCCCGCGGUCUGCGUCAGGUACUGCGACGCAUCCGCGCCGCCCGCCAACGGCGGAGUGGGCGACUGCGUGGAGUACCUGUCGAGCGGUACGACGUGCCAGCCCACGUGCGACGAGGGAUACAUCGUAUCCGGGAAGACGUCGUGCGACGCCGCGGGCACGCUGACGGCGGCGGACUGCAGGGAGCUCAGCUGCUGCGAGCAAACGUUCGCUAAGUUCGGGUUUGGAGUGGCGUACAGCUACGGCGACGAGCUGUGA